CUCACUCUCUCUCUCUCCGCCGCCCACUCCACUCACAGCCGCUUUUCCGGCUUCUUCGCAUCAUUUCAUCGCCCGCUCCCCAUUUCUGCGUGUUUUAUUUUUUUUAGAGAAAGAUUACCGCGUAUUUUGGACCAAAAAGACUUAUCACCAUGGCGAGCACCGAGGAUAAACCGGCCAAACAGGAGAUCGCGACCGGCUGGAAGGACUCCUUCUACAACCCGAGGACCGGGGAGGUGCUGGGUCGCACGGGCAGCAGCUGGGCCCUCAUCCUGUUGUUCUAUCUGGUUUUCUACUGUUUCUUGGCCGGCAUGUUCGCCCUGACCAUGUGGGUGCUGCUGCUCACCCUGGAUGACUACGUGCCAAAAUAUCGAGACCGCGUUCCCUCUCCAGGGUUGGUGAUUCGUCCAAAUUCUCUGGAUUUAUCAUUCAACAAAUCUGACCCCUUAAAGUAUGUAGAAUAUGUCAAGCAGCUGGAGUCGUUCCUGCAAUCAUACAAUGAUUCACAGCAGGACAAGAAUUAUGACUGCCAACAAGGAGAGUAUUAUCUGCAGGACGACACAGAGGACAUGACAAAGAAAGCUUGCCUCUUCAAGAGGGGCUUCCUGAGUCUCUGCUCCGGGCUCUCUGACACCAACUUUGGAUAUUCUGAAGGAAAACCCUGCGUGUUGCUGAAGAUGAACAGGAUAAUUGGCCUGAAGCCUCGUGGGGAUCCCUACAUCAACUGCACAGUAAAAAGAGACACCCCAAUUCAAAUGCAGUAUUUCCCCAGUGAGGGACGCAUUGACAAGAUGUAUUUCCCCUACUACGGCAAGAAAGCCCACGAGAGCUACGUUCAGCCCCUGGUGGCUGUGAAGCUGCUGCUCACCAAGGACGACUACAACAAGGAGCUGCCGGUGGAGUGCAGGGUGGAGGGCUCCAACCUCCGCAACAAUGACGAAAGGGAUAAGUUCCUGGGUCGCGUUACUUUCAGGGUCACGGUGGUCGAGUAACAGAGACGAACGCCCUGUACGAGGAAGCCAGUCGCAGAGGCUGCCAUGUUUACUGAGGGUUUAUGUUUAAAAAGAAAGGAAGGAAGUGUCGAAUAUGUCACAAAGACAGCAUUGGGGGAUUUGGCCUAAGGGGUAGGAUGUAGAUAGGUAGAAAGGGCAGCCCGGAUACACAUAUUGAGUCUUGCUUUGCUGACUUCUCUGACCCUUCUUUCCGUCUCCUCAAAGAUCAAAGUCACAGGCUCUGCCUCCAUUCUUUCAUUCACCUGUUGCAAUGUUCAUUCUCCAAUCAGUUUAUUCUUGACAUUAUUAUUAUUAUUUAUAGUAUUGAUGUGAUUAGAUAACUUUUAGCGAUUGCAACCAAGCAAUUUGGAGCUGUUGUGUUAUUGCCAAUGUCAUU